AUGACGCCUCAACCGAAUUCCGUAAAAAGUGGAGCUGUACAAUUCGAUGAGAUGUACAACAACCUGAAAAAUUCCCAAGUAACAGUUCGAUCUGUGUGGAUUCAGAUUACAUCACCAAUAAACUGGUCCUCAUCCAUCCGAACGAACAUCGACUUCAUUAACAGUAUUCUGGCUAGAGCUAAUACGUACGGACUUACUAUCGGCAUCUACACCAAUUUCUAUGAUUGGAGCCAAAUUACCGGUUACGCCACCGCCAGUAAUGUUAUGCUCUGGUACUGGAACGUGUAUGGUGCUGGUUUAUCAAGCGAAUCACCUGCUAACUUUGACGAUUUCCGACCAUUUGCUGGUUGGACAGUACCGAAUGUAAAGCAGUUUGGUCAAGUGGAAAGCAUAUGCAACAUCGAAGUAAACAGGAACAUAUUUUCAACCACAGCCGCUUCAACAACGAAUCCAAUCAGAAUGGAGAACUUCAACAAGUCACAACAGAUCAUUGUCGGAGGUCUGGGACUGAAAAAUACAGCGUUCACUGGCAAACCAGAAAUAAAACUUUGA